UUAAAGUUUGAAAUUGUGGAUUUUAAUAGAGUACCUAGUACGUAGCUAUGUGGGGGUCAGUCAGGUUAGUAUUGAGUCAACAAGCUGCUGGCAGUUUCAGCCCUAGCUUCUAUGUUGGGCUGGACUUGCUGCCAUAUGGAAUUGUAUGUACCUACCUAAGGUAAAUAAUAAAUAUUCAAUGCCCAUGUAUAUUGGUAUAGCCUGUACCUUCCAAUAAGAUGUACAGAAACGAGGGCCGACUCAGCAUUAAACAUACAUAACUCUCAUCAACUUUCCCUCCCAUCGUAGACUCCAACGUCAUAGGAGAUUCCUGCGAGGCGGUAUUUUCCUCUUUUUUUUCCAACUUCAAUCCACCAAAAUACGGUUGACUCUUGCUGCUUUUUUUUUAAUAAAAAAGUGCUUGAGUUACAAGCUUCGCAAACAAUCGAGAAGAACAUUAAGCCUGUCACCUUUUUCAACUGCCAUCAUCCUUGAACUACUGAGGUGCUUCAAGGUUUUAUCAGCCCACGACGCACGCUUUAUCGCCACAGACAUCAAAUUUGAACAUAUUCCUGUUUUCUGGGCUUCUAAGGAUCGCGAGUGGCAGGAAGAUCGAACAAUUGUACCAAAGAGUGAAUAAAAAAGAAGUGCAAUUUAUUUGUUAGCAAGGAUGGAUGCAACAGAUGCAGCUGAGACUCCGGCCCAACGUCCCUCGAUCCCCGAUCGCAAACAGCGAAAAUCCGUCGUUUUCAAUUCUGAGGCCGUUGUAGUUGAAGCUGACGGUAAAUUGACCACCAUGGCUUCCGAUGAUACCAAGGACACCGCCGCGUCCCAUACACCUCGUACGCCGCCGCUCUCGGCUGCUCUUGGCGCAAUUGCUGAUUUAAAAGAAGCACCCGUUGACGAUGCUGCCCCUCUCGCUGAUGAAGGCGGUCUCGAUCUUCUAAAGAAGAAGAAGAAGAAGCCCAAGAAGACCGAGGAAGGUGAGGGAGCUGAAGGCGAUGGCGCCGCUGAUGGAGCUGCCGAUGCCGGUGGCUUGGAUCUGACCUUGAAAAAGAAGAAGAAGAAGAAGGCUGCCAAGGCUGGCGAGGGCGACGAAUUCGCUGCCAAGCUUGCCGCUCUUGAUCUCGACAAGGAGGGUGACGGUGAGGGUGCUACCGAUGCGAAGGGCGAUGACCAAAGCGGUGAUAUGGAGAAGGGUACUGGCAUCUGGAGCCACGAUGAGACCAAGGCUAUCAGUUACGAUCUACUGCUUAGCCGCUUCUUCAGCCUGUUGGCUCAGAAGAACCCUGACCAUGCUUCCAGCGGCACGCGAAGCUACAAGAUCCCGCCGCCACAGUGCCUGCGUGAAGGUAACAAGAAGACCAUCUUUGCCAACAUCCAGGAAAUCACGAAGCGAAUGAAGCGAAGCGAGGAACACGUUACCGCCUACCUAUUUGCCGAGUUGGGUACCAACGGUUCCGUCGACGGAAGCAGACGAUUGGUCAUCAAGGGUCGAUUCCAGCAGAAGCAGAUUGAGAACGUGCUACGGAAGUACAUCAUCGAAUAUGUCACAUGUAAAACAUGCCGCUCCCCAGACACGGAACUCAACAAGGGAGAGAACCGUCUCUACUUCAUCACCUGCAACUCGUGCGGAUCUCGCCGUUCCGUCACCGCCAUCAAGACGGGUUUCUCAGCCCAAGUCGGCAAGAGAAGAAAGAUGCAGGGUUAAAGCUGUGUCACGAAUUCUUCUACAUUGGUUGGUGUCUACGGUCUGGUCCCCCCAAACACUCGGAUGAGUGUUUGUUCGUUCGCAAUAAAACGGCAUCCUCUCCGUCUCCCCCCCCCUCAUGGUGGGUUUGCGGGAUAUAGGUCGGGCUAUCUCUUUGGGGGAUUCAUGCAUGCAUGGCUAGGUACUGGGUCAGCACUACUUAGGUGGUCUUUAGGUAGUUUAGUUACCAGAACUGAAAUUGGCGAAGGAAAAAUUUGAUAUUUAUUGCUGCUAUGAAUAAAUUCGCCUGUAUAUGCCGAGAGUGUUAUGCCUUUAAAGCAGGUAUUAUUCCGUUCUAGUGAAAAACCUUGGGAUUUACAGAUU